AAAUAGGUAUACAGAGAGAGUGAAAUUGGGAAGAAGAGGUUGUUGUGGAAAUGGAGGAAACAAAGGGAGUAGUGAAACACUUACUGCUCGCAAAGUUCAAGGACGAUGUCACCCCAGAGAAGAUUGAAGAGCUCAUCAAGGACUAUGCCAACCUAGUCAAUCUUAUCCCACCCAUGAAAGCAUUCCAUUGGGGCACAGAUGUGAGUGCUGAAAACCUGCAUCAAGGCUUCACUCAUGUGUUUGAAUCAACCUUUGAGAGUACAGAGGGCGUUGCAGAAUAUGUAGCUCAUCCUGCUCAUGUUGAAUUUGCAAAUCGGUUCCUUUCCGCUGUAGAGAAACUGGUUGUGAUUGACUAUAAGCCUAUCAGUUAACCUUCCAUUGGGAAAUUGAUGCUCAAUUCACUGUUAGUGCUCUGAUAAAAAUAAGUUUGGUUGUUUCAUCUCAGUUAUUUUAUGAACUUCAAUGAUUCCCUUUGGUGUAUGCACUACAAUGAUUUCAUUUAUGCAUAUCAAUUUGGAUUUGAAAUAUAAAUGUCUACCAUAAAACUUUCAA